AUGUCCUGCACCUUGGAGGAGCGUCAACGAGUCUACCGGACCUGCCGGGCAAUCUUCAGUGGCGAUGCUGCUCUCUUUCGCAAACCAAAGAAAAUCAAAGAAACACUUCUUCACAAUCGCGGCCCGCUCAAGCAUGUCUUCCAGGAAUUCGGCGAAGUUAGGCUUGCAGAUAUAGUGAAGCAGCUGCUGGAGAAUCGGCUUUUCGAGUCAGACCUACGAGCCAAAGUCGAGUUUCCUGAGCUUUUCAGGACAUCCCCGCAACAAGAUGCUCAACGAGAAGCAUCGGAAGCGGACGCGGCAAAAUCAGUUGCGGAUUGCCUUGGCGAGAUCGCGCGCUUCGAAGAGGAGGAAGACAUCCCUGAGGCGAAUGAUCUUGAAUUUCUCACGAGACCGUUGAAGCAUGAAGUGAGCAUUGAAGGUUGGUCGGAAGCCCUUCGAUCCAGCUACUUCAGUUUUUCUAACACAAUGACCCCAGAAACUGCUAUAGUACCUACCUCACUCAAAUCAUCCAUCCCAUCGCUGUAUCCAUCUUACGUACCAUACGGUGCACAACACGCCAUUCUGACUACGGCUCAGACCGUUUUAGAAGAGUGUUGCUUUGACUUUGCUCGCAAAACCAUUCCGGACGCCCUUAGUGAGAGAGGAUGGGAUUGCGCAUCUGCGGUAGAGUUGACCAAGUGGGCCAGAGUCCUCCACAAAGAGCUCCCCCAGGGCUUGUCAGGAGUAACUGUCCAGUCUGCAUUGGUUUCGACUCACCAACUUCGACAUACCGCCGUCCACCGACUACGCACCACUGCUCGCGGUAUCAGUCGGCUCCUAGAGUCGGCGGUGGGACUUGCGGAGGCUCUCAAUGAUGUCGCUCGCGCAGCUCAAUUAGAAGAGCUAAAGUCGGAGUUGGAUGGCAAGAUCAAAGCCAUGGAGAUGAGCAAGAACGUGUUGGAAGAUCGUGCGGCAGCCGGGCUAGAAGAAAUACGCCGCCAAAGAGAGGAGCUCGAUCGCCAGGAAAAGCAACUCGUAUUGGACAUGUUGACUGAGGACCGCGAGUACAAGGACCUGGUGGGGAAGCUUCUUGUGGCGUCAGUCAAGGACAUCUUUGAGGACAGAACAGACGACGGAAUGGGCAAGGAGGUGGAGCAUGUGAAUGGAGAAGUGCAUGUCAACAGCGCCAAACUUAGCUCAGCGGACGAGAGCGAGGACGAUCCGGAUCUGUCACUGCAAUAA